AUGAUACAGUACCUUCCCCCAACUCUAGACCAUCCAGGCUUGGUUAGCUGGCUAAGACCUCCCACUAGCCUGGUAAAGGCGAACUGCGAUGGAUCUUUUGAUGAGAAGAUGAAGCAGUCAGCAAUAGGCGUGGUUAUCAGGGACCACACAGGAGCAGUUGUUGAUGGUUUAGCAUUGCAAUCACCUUUUGAGUCCAGUCUUUAUUCGGAAGCAAUAGCUUUGCGUGAAGCUUGCAUGUGGCUUUCGGCUUUAUAG